GGAAAGUUCAGUACAACCUUCAGUUACAUCGUGUCGUUCGUGAUAUUCGCUCCAAGCAAAUCAAAUGUCCAUCUACCCAGAAGCAGCAAAGCGGCUGUUGACUUUCAUCAACGCUUCACCAACACCUUUCCACGCCGUUCAAAACGCAGCAAUACGCUUAGAGGCCGCGGGCUUUCGAAAGAUCAGAGAGACUGAUGAUUGGGAUCUUCAGCCUCAGGGAAAGUAUUACUACACAAGAAAUCAAACUUCUUUAAUCGCAUUUACAACGCCUUCGAACUGGAGGCCCGGAACAGGUGUCUCCAUAGUAGCAACUCAUGUCGAUAGUCCGAAUCUGAGGGUACGCCCAGUUUCCAAGAAGAACAAUUUGGGUUACCUCCAAGUUGGCAUCGAGACAUAUGGAGGGGGCAUCUGGCACUCGUGGUUCGAUCGCGAUCUGUCUCUGGCGGGAAGAGUGAUUGUGGUACAGCAUGGUGGAACUUUUCGUUCCAAACUCGUCAAAAUCGACCGACCUCUUUUGCGAAUCCCGUCGCUUGCCAUACACUUGGACAGAAAUGUCAACGAUUCGUUCAAGUUCAACCAGGAGUCCGAAUUCAUCCCUAUUUUUGGACUUGUAGAGGGCGAACUGAACGAUGUGAAAAUCCAAGGCGCUUCUGCAUCAAGUAUUCAGGUCAAGCAUCACCCGGCUCUUCUCCUGGUCCUGGCAGAAGAGCUUUCCGUUGCACCGGAAGAAAUCCAUGACUUCGAACUCCACCUCUACGACACACAACCUUCUGUUCUAGGAGGCAUCGGCAAUGAAUUCAUCUUUAGCCCGCGCUUAGAUAACCAGUUUUCUUCAUACUGUGCUGUGGAAGCUAUUGCCACCCACGCGGAAAACCCUAACUUCAAUGAGUUUGUUGGGAAUGUAAACUGUGUCGCUCUUUUCAACCACGAAGAAAUCGGCAGUGUAUCUACAACUGGGGCAGAAUCGUCCCUGAUUCCAUCUCUUCUACAACGACUCUCACCCGAACCAGCUUUGUAUUCACAGUCGGUUUCGCGGUCCUUCGUUGUUUCUGCGGAUAUGGGCCAUGCUGUUCAUCCCAAUUACAGUACAAAGCACGAGGAGAAUCAUAGACCUAUCAUAAACGGUGGUAUGAUCAUAAAGACGAACGCGAAGCAGAGAUAUGCCAGUGAUGCCAUUAGUACUUUUCUAUUCAGAAAGCUUGUCGAACGGAAAGGAGGAAAAGUGCAAGAAUUCGAGGUGCGGAACGACAUUCACAAACCAAUUUAUAGGGCAUGCGGUUCAACCGUUGGGCCCAUGCUUUCGAAGAUUGGCCUUCGCACCGUGGAUGUUGGCAAUGCUAUGCUCUCAAUGCAUUCCAUUCGAGAGACUGGUGGCUCUCAUGACGUUCAACAUGCUAUUGACGCUUUUAGCUCUCUCUUUGAUGGCUUUGCAGAGUUGGAUGGAGACCUUUUAAUCGAUUAAGGAUGUUAUCAUUGGAAAGGCAAUCAACGUCCUUGCGAUGGGACCCAUGUCAUAGACGUUCUCAGUUCUGUUGUUUUGGAGACAUUCUUUACCUUCCGUUAUACCCGAUAAAAGUCGUUUCUUCGCCAUCCCCCAGCAGUGGGCAAGGUUCCGUUCUCGCCCAACUUUUGGUCGUUCAAGGUCAGCCCUCGUACACUAGCAAUUGAACACAAUACUAUUUGUUCCUCAAUUUACGCGUGAUGCAACUAGUGAGAACACGCAAGUCACGCUCCUUUACAACUACCAACUUCGGGACCUAGGCU